AUAUACCAAAAUCCACACUGACUCACUCGAGUUGGUGCACUUUCUCCCCAUUUCCUCUGUUCAAAAUACUAAUAAUAUUUUAUUUCUUCAAACGCCAUGACUGACAUGACAUGCCCCUUAGUUAUUUUGGAGAGCCAUCUUAAAUACUACUAAUAAUAUUUUAUUCAAUCAUCAUCUACCUAUAAAACAGCCCCUACCAAUGUCUGCAGUGCGGAAGCUAAUGGCGACGGUUUCAAAUUCACUCUCUCUUAAGCACGGCCUAUCUCUCUGCUCUCCUCACUCCUCAUCUCUUAAUCGAGCCCUCCGCUCUUCUUCCUUCCGAUAUACAACCGUCGUCCGCCGCAGCUACGUCGCCGCCUCUUCUGCUGACUUCUCGAAUGAGAAUCGCGAGUUUGUGAUCGUUGGCGGCGGGAAUGCAGCUGGAUAUGCUGCUCGGACAUUUGUUGAGCACGGAAUGGCCGAUGGCAGGCUUUGUAUUGUUACUAAGGAGCCACAUGCACCAUAUGAGCGACCUGCUUUGACAAAAGGCUACUUGUUUCCAUUAGAUAAGAAGCCAGCACGCUUGCCUGGUUUUCAUACUUGUGUUGGUUCUGGUGGAGAAAGGCAAACUCCGGAUUGGUAUAAAGAGAAAGGGAUUGAGAUGUUGUAUGAAGACCCAAUAACAAAUAUUGACAUUGAAAAGCAAACUCUAGGAACAAAUUCAGGCAAGUUGCUCAAGUAUGGAACCCUGAUUGUUGCUACAGGAUCUACUACAACAAGAUUUCCAGAAAAAAUUGGAGGAAACUUUCCUGGUGUUCACUACAUCAGGGAUGUAGCAGAUGCUGAUUCCCUUAUAGCAUCUUUGGAUAAAGCACGGAAGGUGGUUGUCGUUGGUGGUGGUUACAUUGGCAUGGAGGUUGCUGCAGCAGCUGUUGGUUGGAAACUUGAUACCACAAUCAUUUUUCCAGAGGAGCAUCUUUUGCAAAGGUUGUUUACUCCUUCACUUGCUCAAAGAUAUGAAGAGUUAUACAAAGAGAAUGGUGUCAAAUUCUUAAAGGGCGCCUCUAUAAAGAGCUUAGAAGCUGGUUCAGAUGGACGUGUAGCUGCUGUUAAACUUGAAGAUGGAUCUAUUGUAGAAGCAGACACGGUAGUAAUUGGUAUUGGAGCAAAGCCUGCUGUUAGUCCUUUUGAACAAGUGGGGCUAAAUUCCACAGUUGGUGGAAUACAGGUUGAUGGACUCUUUAGAACAAAGAUACCUGGAAUUUUUGCAAUCGGAGAUGUUGCAGCAUUCCCAUUAAAGAUAUAUAACCGCACAACAAGAGUUGAACAUGUAGACCAUGCUCGUCGAUCAGCACAGCAUUGUAUAAAAGCAUUGCUUAGUGCUCAGACUAGCACAUAUGAUUAUCUCCCGUACUUCUACUCAAGGGUUUUUGAGUACGAAGGGAGCCCAAGAAAAAUCUUUUGGCAGUUCUAUGGAGACAAUGUUGGCGAGGCAAUUGAGAUUGGAAAUUUUGAUCCUAAGAUUGCAACUUUCUGGAUAGAUUCCGGUAAACUUAAAGGAGUUCUACUAGAAAGUGGAAGUGCCGAGGAAGUUCAACUCCUUCCUAAACUUGCAAGGAGCCAGCCUAGUAUUGAUAAAUCCAAGCUUCUGAAAGCAUCAUCAGUUGAGGAGGCGCUAGAAAUUGCUCAAGCAUCCUUGAAUGCUGCUGUUUAAUCUAAAGAAUUACACACAGCAAAUUCUGUAAGUUCCAGCACACAAAAUUUAUAUUCUUCAAUAAUUUCUUGCAGAGAGAAACUUCUUUUUUUGUUAUCUUUUGCGGAAUAAUUUAGCAACAGAGUGAUAUUGAGAAAUUGUUGCGAAUUUACUGUACAACAUUGCAAAUUUUUGUAAAUUAAAAGAACUUAAUUAUGCAACUUAAUAACUUGCUUCCUUCAA